CUCCCUACCCCGAGAAAAGAAGUUUUCUGUUGCCCUUGAUGUAAGUAACCUUUCAGUAGUUGUUGAAGAAAACAGAAAGAGUUGAUCCCUUUUAUGAUCUAGUACUCGCUUCUUGUUCUUAUCUACAUCUAGGUUGGCAUUGGUGUUGUCCACGGGUACUUUUAUUUUCGUUGAGGAUCGUUAUACAUACUGCGGUUUUGAUUAUUUUUGCGAUCCUGUUCCUGUAGUGUUCGUUCUCGUUGUCAUGUCGUCCACAGCACAACUCCCGGCUGCCACAUCGAAGUCGUCCUCUGCGGGCGCCAAUUCAACGUCGUCUUCGUCGCACGCGGGACAGCCAUUGGACAACGUAAACGCAUCUUCGACUCUGCCAUCGCGCGCGGAGGUGCAAGCAGCGAUACAGGUGAAGCAGCAGGCCGCGAACCUGGUGCGCGACUUGGGGUCUGCGAGCGACAUGCGGGACGCGAUCGAUUUCGAGGCGGGCGUCGCGAGGUCCUCCGCCGGCGCAGGUUCGCCGUCCGUUUCGCAGCCAGGGGCCGCCCGAACCGUCGCCGAGGAGGAGGAGCAGCGGUUGUUUUACACCGAAGGACCUGGCAGCUUGGCCUUGGCGGUCAAAAGUGAGACGGGCCAGUUCCUCACGUACAGUGCGACCGAGUUGUCCAAACUGUUGAAGCGGAUGGAAGACAUCAUCGAAAAGUGGGAUCUCAGUACGGGGGAAGAUGCCGGGUCUAGUGAAAGCGACUCGGUAAUCGACGCAGACGAUGAGGAAAGAGACGGCAGACUGCAGUUUCACGGUAACGUGUACAAGAGUCUGAUGGAAGUGCUGGCCAAGUACGACCGCCGGUUCCAGGGGUACGACCGCAAGUUUCGGGACCACUUCAAUACCGUCAAGGACACACUGCAGGCAGAGAACGUACUCUAACUCGUAAGUACAUUUUUAAAGGAUUUCCAAAGAUGAGAAAAAUUUAGCCCGUCGUGGAAAUGGAUACGCAACACUGUAUAGCCGGACGACACUAAGUACUUAUGCUCUUUUCCCGCCUCAUCUAUUUGUUCUCAAAUGCAAUAACCAUUUCAGUUCCUACGAGUAAGACAAAAGGUGAGUUAUCGAAGAAAGUCUUACAUGAAUCGUCUCAGGUGACCAGUAGCCUUUCGCGGCUCCGCGACUUGGACCGGGGAGUGGCAGUCGCUGUACAGGCCAUCGCAGACCGGCGGGCAGCAAUAAGCGAAGAUCCGGCAAUAUGCAUUGCGCAUAUGUAGUUGUCUGGGUCUGGAAGAGUGCAAGUUGUCAUGCUGCCUUUGGAUUCUAUAGAAAUCUGUAUUGCAUGUGCAUGAGCAGCAAAAGAACUCCAGUAUGGGAACGUCUAAUCAUGAUGCGCAAAGACAUAAUAAGGGCACUAGUAGAUGUAUCAAGAAAGCCUUACUUCAAAAUCUGUGAUGCUGGGUCAUGCAAAAUGUGCAUGACAAAGUUGCUUGCAUUUUUCCCGACACACACACACAUAUUUCCAAUCGAUGGGCGGGCGCUAUUUUCGAGGACUUGCACACCGACACCAGGAGCGCAUCGAUCGAGCAGGCAGCGAAUACUUUCGCCCAAAAGUUCCGGCGGUUGUGCGCGGGCCACCUGACGGAUUACGAGUCGCUCCUGGACAACCUGCACCAGAGCAUUCGAGCCAGUAUCAAGCACGCGGAAGGUAUCAAAAGGAAAAAUCCCCCCUCCCCAUAUUGAUCAGGUGCGUUUUCGAAAAUUUGUGUUGCUGAUAUGUGGCCACCAAUCGCAUCUGUCUUGCAAGAAGGCAACUCCACAGGCCCCGCCGCCUUAUGCAGGCGGUUUGUCAUGCUCAUGCUGAUAGGCGGUUUUUCAUGCUAAGCCCCUAGACAAAAAGCGCUCGUCUUAUGCUCGGUAGGGGCCUGCAGUCCUCUCCAGUAACACAAAUCCGAUUUGUGGACGCAAAAAAUACAGCAUCACAAAUUUCGUUCUCGACAUGGGAAAGGGUGGCUUUUCCUUUUGAUAGAAGCGGUCGCCGCGCUCCACAACGGUCGUCCGCCGAUCGGGGCGGGGACUAGUAGUUCCUCCUCCUCAAUGUCUGAUGGAGCUCCCAACGCGGUGCCGGAGGAGUUGGUGGACCUCGUCUCGUAUCCACUGCAAAUUUUUUUCCGACUGGGUCUUCUGGAGCAGAAGUGCAGUUCUUACUAUAAUUGUCAUCCUUUUUUUUUGGGCGGUUACGCAUGCAAAGUACAGCCUCUUCGUAGGUCUUGACAUGCCUGGUGUCCCGCAUACGAAUAUUAUUUGUUAACCUCGUAUCUUUGUAGAAAACCAGAAGCGUGCUGCAACUUCAUUUAUUGGAGCUCAUGAUGCAAGAUGAAGUUUUACACAGAUGUCUGUGUAAACACAAGUACGUCGCGCCAUCACUCUCCUGACCCAGAUGCAUUUGUCUUCCGUUGAUACCUCGGUGAAGCUGCCUACGGACACUUUCGACGACCGGGUGUGCGACAGUCUGCGAGCCACUUUCCGCCAUACCAUGACAUCUCUUAUCGACAUGUGCGUCCUCGAGGUGAAGCGGGACCUUCAACACGCGGGAUUGGACCACUCGGCGGUACCAACGGCCGGAGAAGCGGAUGCAGGGUUCGCGGUCGGGGAUGCGCCUGCCGCCGGUGGCCACCAGUUACACUUGCAUCAAACUGGCUGGCUCGCGUCGCCCGAGCACGAGGGCGAGGUCCGGGGUGCAACCCUGGCCGGACAGAUCGAAAAAACGGUGCAGGAAAGUCUCGGGGACCUCGACAAAGCGUCAGAAGCGGCGGUUUCGGCCCUUCAGCAGCACGCAAAGACGGAACUGGAGAAGCUGUCGAGCACGUUUGAAGAACAGGCGGCGAAGGCGAAGAGGGAGGUGCUGGCCGACAUUCGGGCCAGGCAGACCGACGCAGAAAGUGUCGUGCGAGCCGCGCAGACCGAGGCCAAGCAGCUGGUGGACUAUCGAACAAAAAAAAGUGUGUUUACUUGACUUACUUGACUACUAUUUUCAAUAUGAUCUUCGUAGUGGAACGCAUAAGUGGAACACCAUACUUACACUUCUUAUGUUGGACUUGGAUCUGUGCGGGAGGGAGUGGACUGCACAGGUGCAGAAGACCACGACUCAACGUUCCGUGUAUUGCUGGCACUUGCGUCGCCACCAGUAUUCUACUUUUAUGGUCAUGGAUCGCCAAUGCGGCUACCGCGAUUACACUGCUUCAGUCUGAGUAGAAGGUCACACUUCGCACUUUUGCUUUUGCAUAUGAAAAGGACGCAGGCGGCUGCUACCAGUGCGGUCGCAACAGCGCAACAGACCGCCACCGACGCAGUCGCGACAGCGCAGGAUGUAUCAAGUGCAAACAUGUCUGGGUCUGGAAAAAUGCAAGUUUGAUAUGCUUGUCCCGCAGGACUUUUGAAUCUGUAAUGCUAUAUGCGUGAGCAGCAAAAGAACGAAAAACAAAAAGGCCUCCCGCCUGUCAUGCAAAAAUGCAGUUUGCCAUGCGGAAAGCGAAACACAAGGGGGCCCAGAGACUUGUCAUGCGUGGCUGCGUAUUGCAGUGCGCCCGCCAUUCAGAAAAUAGCAUCACAGGCUUGUAGACGCAGACAUAUUUGCAAUGCAUAGGAUGUAGGCAUCACGGCAGUAGUGACAGCGCAGGACACAGGGCUCGAGGCACUAAAGACCGCCGCAAGCGCAGGAACCAAUGCGGUCAAAGCAAUGCAGGAGACGUAUUCUGUGGAAAAACUUUCUCUCCCCAGAGUCGUCCUGCAAAUCUGCAGGCCUAAAACGUCUCUCAUGCGCAGCCCCAUGAGAGCCAGUUUUAAAUGCGUAUCUAGUAGCUCGCUGUGCUGGAACAAAGAUAAGGACGUCAAUUUGUCAUGCGUGUGCACUAGCUAAACAGGACUAGUACACUACGAUCCUAAACUUGUCAUGCUCGACAGCCAAACCUGGUGGAUUUGUGUAGCAGAAUCCCCACUCUGACCAUGGGGCGGGGGCGUUUUUACACAGAAUAAGACGAGCACCAAACUGUUGGCGGCGGAGGGACAAGCCAGGAAAGGCGAAGUGGAAAAAGCGGGAGAGUAUCAGCUGCAAACAUGUCCGGUCGUUUGGGAACUUGUGAUGCAUGUCAGUGAAAAGAAAGCACGCUGUAUUGAAAAUGCGCCGUCGAGCAUGACAGCUGUUUUCGUGGGUCUGUGUUGUGUAGUCCGCAUGAGAAUAAAGUGCGUAUUUGGAUGACAGAUCGAAGAGGAGCUUUUCGCGGCCACGCAGGACAACUACAGAGCUCAAGUUCAUGCCAGACUAGCAUGACAAAUCUAGCAGUCUCCCAGACCCAGACGCGUGUGCAUAUGCAUAUUGAGGACGGAAAGGCGAAAGUGGUCGCAGCGGAGAGCGCAGGGGUUGCUGCGGUCGUCAAAGCCGGAGAGGACGCGAAAAACGCGGCGCACGGAGCAACCGCCGCGUUCUUGUGGAACCUCACCUCGUAUCCUGAGUAAAAACGUCCCCACACCAGAGUUGUAAUGCAGAUUUGCAAACAGGAAGACUUGCAAUGCGCAUCCCCAUGAGAGCCAUUGCCAAUCGUGUUUUGGAAUUUGUGAUGCUAUGAACAGGAUGAGCAGAUGAAUCUGUGAUGCGGCUGCUCUUGCUAACCUGCACUACACUGCAGGGCGCAACUUGUCUUGCGUGACUCACAAAGCUCCUUCUAGGUUUGUGUUGCAAAAUCCCCAUCCUGACUCUGGUGUGGGUACGUUUUUACUCAGGACACCUCGCGCAAAUUCUUCAUUGUCCUGAUCGUCGUCUUCGUCGCCAUGCUCGGGAACCUCGUGGUGCUCGACUUCGAGUGGUCUCCGCUGUCGUGGAUCGGCCUCAGAUGGAAGCCCGAGUCCCAGAUUACGGUGGAGCGCGACGAGUUGAAGCGGCUCAUUUCGCAGGCCGUCGCGGAGCAGCUAGGCGCGAAGGUCGCCGAGCUGGCCACGAAAAGCGACGUCAGCAGGGUGCAAGAGGAGACGAAGAGGGUGCGGGAGCAGCUUUAUCGAGAGGAAAACACCACCCCGCCGUCCUCAAACGAAAAAACUUGCAUUGCGGGGCUUUGCAGUGGUAGUGUUGAAAAAUUCCAACUCGUUUGUUGUAUGCACAAAGCAAAGCUACAGCUUCCCACCGCAUUGGCGAGGUAGUUUGCCUUUUCGCUUGGGUACUUAGUUACCCCGCAGUCAUUCUUAGCCAUCGCAGGGAGCGCUUGGUAGAGCGAAAUAAGAUCUUGGGUUGCUCUGCCUAGUUUUCGCAACACCCGUACCAGACGGAGUGAACAAGUUCUGAGAAAUAGCGCAAUACAAGUCGGGCUCUGAGUAAAAAGGAGAGGUGUGUCUUUCCGUUACGAUAAACCGGACGGCUUAGCCACGAAAACCCAGGUGGAGGAGGUAAGAAGAAUAAUGCAGGAGAACGGCGUAUCCACGACAAAUUUGUAGUCUUGGUCUGGAAUAGCAGUGCGAAUGUGAGGUUCUUGUCUGGCGUGGCUCUAGGUACCUGUAGAGCCUGCGAUGCUUGUUCUGCGAGAGCGCCGCAGCGUGCAUAUGUCGCAAAGCUGCGUCUUGUAUAUGCGGAAUAGGUCCUGCAUAGUGUCCCAAAAAUAACGGCCAUGGUUGCUCGCGUUUUUGGGAUUGGCCACAAAUCAGCAAAAAAAAUUUUUAGACCCAGACAUAUUUGCAUUGGAUACAUGGAAACCUUCAGACAAACAGCCGCUGCGCUGCAGGACCAGAUCCAGACAAAGAGGCAGGGGGAGAUCACCGGUGCGGGGGCCACGCAGGACGACCCGACCCAGGUUCUUAUCCUACCGAGAUGCACGCCCCUACAAGGAAAAACAAAGUGCAAGCUGCAUAUCGUUAUUUGUUGUGUACAGCGGGUAAGCCUCGAAAACAUAAACGCCCGGAAAGAAUGAAAGCUUUGUGAUGCUGAUCCGCAAGUGGGGUGAAAACCUGCCUUGCUGUAGUGCGGAAAAGGGAUCAGAGCGCGAGAACGAGAGGCAUCGAGAAAUUUUGUGAUGCUGAACGGACAAGAACAAAAUUCGUUUUUACGAAAAACCCUCAUCAUAGGUGGUGUGCUUUUCCGGAGGAUACUUCUUUACGUGUCGCCGUAGGCUUUGCUCCUGUGUAAAGUUUAGCCGAGCUGCUGUUGCGCGACGCAGCUUUGUCGCCCUCCGCUACUUGAUUCCAGGACCCUGAGUCAACUAGCAGCCGCGGUCAAGCACGAGGGGCUGCAUGGCGAUGGUGGUUCUUUGAGGUGAAGACCAAAAAAGGGAUCAUCUGAAGAACACAAAGGUUAACAAGUCUAGGAAGAAGUAGAUACAUCUUGUUUAUGUUGUCGAAGGACUUGCAGCUGCAGCCCAUGUUUGACUCGAUUGCUCGGCCGAUGAUGUGCCAAUUCUUCAUUUGAUUAGAAACCUGUUGGCGAAGGUCAGACUUGCGCAACGGUUUAUGCAACGGAGAAUUCAAAGUUAUAUACCUCAAGUAAAUUGUAAUUGAGUACUUAAGAAAAAGACACAAAGCUGCGUGUAAGCGAGGCCUUCCGAAACAAGUACUUCAAUGCGAUCCGCAUUGCACGAGCCGAUAUUGAUUUCUAAAUGAGUUCUGCUUUGUAUUGACCUUGAGCUCCACCUUCCUUCUCACUUCAGUUCACUUCUAACUAU